AUGAAACUCAGCGUCUACAUUCCUGUGCUGUGGAUUUUGUUAGCUGCUAGUACAUUUGCGUACUCCGUGGAACAUUUCGGUCUCUCUUUGAACUCGCAAAAACUAUACAAUGCCAAAUCUUUGCCCAGUGAGGUCAUACGUGUCGGCAUUGAGAAACCGAAAGAUGCUCUCACUUUCACCAUCAAGCUCGCAUCAUCUGAGAGGCCACAUCAACUGAUUUUACUUUUCUCCGACGAGAAAGGCUUGGACUAUGCGGUUUUUCCCGACUACAAUGCCCAGAAACAUAGUCUUGCAAUCCAAAUUGCCGUUUCUUCUCUUCCCACAGCUUUAGUGCGUCAGGGAAAAAUCACCGCUUCGUUAGUUAUUGCUAGCGGAGAUGAUGUGAAUGAAAACAUACACACUAAAGUUGCUGAGCUUACUUGCUCGGAUGAACUCAGGGAAACGACUAAAGAGAAACAAGCUGAAAGAUUUGGUGUCUUGCCCGAAAUCCAUCAUAUUUUUAAACAAGAUGAAUCCACGGUCAACGCCAUCGUGCCAUUGGCAUUCAGUGCCGUUGCGGGUGUUUUGACUUUGGUUUUAUUUGUUGUUUGGUCCUCUAUUUUCGGAGAAAACAACUCUAACUCUAGUGGAGGUACUUAUAAGACUGGCUUCCUAGUAGCUUUAGUUGCCGUUGAACACACAUUCUUGAGAUACUAUUUGGGUGCUAGCAUUUUUACUACCAUCUCGCAUGUGUUGCUUCUUGUUGCUCCAUCGGUUUUCCUUGGGUCUAAGGCUUUGAACGUCAUGGCCAAACUGCGUGCUGCAUGA